UUUUCAAAUUUGUUCAUCAUCAUUUUUCGGAUUUUCCAUCUUCUUCCCACUCAGAAUUUCUCACCCAUUUAAUUCUCGUCUUGUUUUCUGUCAUCUGUUUCUCUUCAUUCUUAAAUUUUGUCAGUAGAAUUGACUUCUUUCUCAUUCUCCACUAAUUAGCUUCCAUGGUGGAUCGAACUCCAUUACUUUUCUUGAUUCUCUUCUCUUUCCAUAUUCCUUUUCAGUUUUCAAUCCUUUCGAAACUGGGCCUUUAAAAAGUCAUGAAACAGGACAAUUUGCUCAUCAUUUCAGAUAUUAUAACUGUGUUCUACGAAGUGGGUGAGAAAAAAAGUUUAAAAGUUGGGUAAUCUUCCAGAAACGUUUCUAUGUGCUUCAAUUCACAAAUCCAUUUACCAGUAUAUAUAUGUGAGUCACAAGUGGAUGAAGAUCAAAACUGUGUAAUGAAAAUGGCAGACCAAACCCAACACUUGGUUAUGAGUUUUCUCCUCGUCUCUUUACUGAUCAUCUUCUUCAAUACCGUCUCUGCAUCAAGGGCUACAUUUAUGGUCCACCUUGGUCAAGACUUUCCAGCUUCCCAAGCUGCAAACCAGAAGAAUCAGCCGCCGGAGAAUUUGUGGAAUGGCAGAAUGGAUUUGCAGUUCAAUGACUAUCAAAUAUUUGGAGCUAACCCUCGCCAUACUCCAAAGCCAACAGGGAAAGUUUAAUAGAAUGAACGUUCAUCAAGAUAGCUUAUGUGAACUCUUUUAACUUAAUCGUAGAAAUAUCCAAUUGGGCAGUUUUAAGUAUAGAUAAUGGGGACCUGAAUUGUUCUUAUGGCUUAAAGUAGAGAAAGUUGGAUGAUCCGACUGAAAUUUUGUUGAAAAUCCCCAAAAGAAUCACAAAUCUAUUCGGUUUUCGAGAAUUGUUUUACUUAAA